AUGGAGCGAAAGCUUUCAGAGUGCGGAAUUCCCUACAGUGAUAAGCUUGUUAAGAAAGCAGCUGUUGAGUGGCUCAUUGCAACAGAUCAGCCUAUACAGGCCCUUGAACAUCUGAAAUUCAAGGAGAUGAUUGAUGUGGCCUCCUGCACCACACAAGGUGUCAAAAUCCCAGGUCAUAAAGCUACACGUGCUGAAAUCAUGCAGAUGUUUAAGAAUCAUCUAAUCCGGCUGAAAGCAAAACUGAAUGUAUAUAUCAUCAGGCCUUUCAGUAUUCUCAUCUUCUAA